GCACACUUGGCAUUUUGGUGGAGACUUUGGUGGGCCCUCAUACGGCAGCUUGCGGGUUGUGCGCGAGAGGCAGCAGCCCACAACCGCGCCCACCUGCGCUACACUGCUGGCCGCGUCUACCACCUCUUGCUACCCUACUACAUGUGGCCGACAUCACACAUCUCUCACUCCCAAGCAAGGAUUAGAGCCAGCCCAGUUCACUAAUCCGUCCUCAUGCCAAUUCCAACCUGCGCAUUACAUGUGCUCACUUCAAUACAAGCUACAUCAGGUCGCCUUUGACACGCAUCGCUGUGUCUCCUUAGCAAGCCUUUCCGGGAGGCUACACACGCUCAGUUCGCAUUUGUCAAAGUAAGCGCGAUCCAAUUAGAUCGCAAUCACGACCCUCCCUCCCUCCAAGGGGACUCAGUCAUCAAGCAUUAGCACGAUGGCUCGCUUACUCGGAGCAGGGCAACAAAAAUCCUCAUCCUCUCUUCUGUGCGUUUCCUUCAACCAGGACGCAUCAUGCGUCUCUGUCGGCACGCGUAAGGGCUACUCCAUCUGGAACGCAGAGCCGCAUGGGCGUGUCUAUUCGAAGAACGUUGGCCCUACAUCCAUCGUCGAGAUGCUGUUCUGCACCUCGCUGGUUGCGCUCGUAGGUACAGCCGAUUCAAAUCAGCCGAAUGCGAGUCCGAGACGAUUACAGAUUGUUAACACCAAACGCCAGUCGACAAUCUGCGAGCUGCUCUUCCCUACGACGAUCCUAGGCGUCAAGCUCAACCGGCGACGACUGGUGGUCAUCCUGGAGGAGGAGAUCUAUAUCUACGAUAUCAGCAACAUGAAGUUGCUUCACACCAUUGAAACCAGUCCGAAUCCACAAGCAAUCUGCGCGCUAUCCGCCUCUUCUGAUCCGUGCUACCUCGUCUACCCUUCGCCGGUCCCUUCGCCGACAUCACCUUUGUCAAACUCCAAUGGAUCUAGUAGCGCUGCAAACGCACCUGGGGACGUGAUGAUUUUCGACCUACUGACACUGUCCGUGACAAACAUCAUUCAAGCGCACAAGACGCCGAUCUCAGCGCUGACGCUCAAUCAGAGCGGUACAUUGUUGGCCACAUCCAGCGACAAGGGCACAGUCAUUCGCGUUUUCAGCAUCCCGUCCGCAAAGAAGCUUUGGCAGUUCCGACGCGGAACCUAUCCUGCGCGCAUCUACAACCUCAGCUUCAACAAUAUGAGCACGUUGCUCUGCUGCUCGAGCGACACAGAGACCGUGCACAUUUUCAAGUUAGUAUCCAGCUCCAAGAAUGACACUGGUGGAUUAGGGAAGGGGUCGGCGGCGGCGGCGGCACGAACUGCCGCGCUUUCUGCAGCGGCGUCCGCAGGCGCCGGGCCCGGUGGAAAUGGUCUUUCGAGUCCUUCCGUCACGUCUGCAGAUGGGUCUGAUUCGCCUUCUGACGCAGGCGGAGCUAGAGGCGGCUAUGAAGCUUUCAUUGACGAUCAAAAUCGGACGAAAAAGGGAGCAGGUGGAGGGUUCAGUGGCUCUAUCCGGCGAAGGAGCUGGGCUCUCGGCCGCAACGUCGCAGGGAGCGUGGGAGGCCUCUUGCCCAACACCCUGUCAGAAAUGUGGGAACCCCAAAGGGACUUUGCACAUCUUAAAUUGCCGAGCCCUGGCGUCAGCAGCUUGGUGGCCGUCGGAUCCACGACGCCAACUGUCAUGGUCGUGACUUCCGAAGGGUACUUUUACUCGUACAACAUUGACCUCGAACAAGGUGGCGAAUGCGUCCUCAUGAAGCAAUACUCGCUCCUUGACGCCGGCGACGACUCUGAUGAUCGGUGACGGGCUGUGAGGUGCAGAAGUGCUGGGAUGUGCCAACGUCAACGAAGAGCAAGUUCUGCUCCUCUCCUUCCCUGCGCUACGCAGGAAUGAGACCGUUCGAACGACGACUAUGCAUGUAAAUAACACCAGCAUAUCCCCAACGAUCAAUAUCCAUACCCACGAU